UUUAUAUCAUCAACACACAAGAAGAUAACACAGAAAUUUAAAGGACAAGGCCGCUCUCUACAUUCUUCACGGAGUUCAUGUGUUGCAAGUGAGAGCAGAGAGCGCUUGCCUGUUACUGCUCCUGCUCCUGCUCCUGCAAUCAUGGCCGCCUCUUUCUCUUGUUAUAUUAUGAACAAGUCCCCACUGUCCAUUCUCGCAGUUGCACUCUCAGAAAUGGUCCUCUUUUUUUACAUGUCAUGGAGGAACACACCUCACUCUUUCGUGUAAAGGACCGCAAUUGCACCUCCUGUCUUCCACUAGCUCGCUGUUUGCCCUCUCAUUUCAAACCUUUUGCUCUUCUUGGCUUUUGGUUCACUAAAUCUCUCAGACGACAACGAGCACGUAGUUUCUCUGGUGGGAGGAAGUCUGCUAUCCUCUGGGGUUGUCCUGUGUUUAAAAUUGAAGUUGAGCAGCUCAACAUGGCGGAUUUGGUUGGCACGUUUGGUGGUAAAGAUGAUUGCUUAAUUGCUAGUGCUGGUGGUUGUGAAAGUGAGCUUUUCAGUGAUGCUGUGGAAGGGGAGAGCCAUGGAAGCAGUUCCAGCCCGGAAACAUCAAUUAGCGAAGACCCUCACAGCAGCAUUGGCUUGGAAGAAUCUUCAUCUCAGCUGGAACCACUCUGUUCCCAAAUGGACAAACUCUCUGUUUCUGACUUUGUUAGUCCUGGCGAGAAAACCAAGAAAGACAAUGAGGAGGUUGUUAAGCUGAAGCCCAACAGCUCAGUAAUUGAGAUGAUGAAGGAGAGGUUUGCGAAGCUGUUGCUUGGGGAAGACAUGUCAGGGUGUGGGAAGGGGGUUUGCACUGCAUUGGCUAUUUCUAAUGCUAUCACUAAUCUCUGUGCUACUAUUUUUGGCCAAAUUUGGAGACUAGAACCUUUACCUCCUGAAAAAAAAUCUAUGUGGCGAAGAGAGAUGGAAUUACUUCUCUGCGUUAGUGACCACAUAGUUGAAUUAGUGCCUUCCUGGCAGACAUUUCCUGAUGGGAGCAAACUUGAGGUAAUGACUUGCAGACCACGGUCAGAUCUAUAUAUCAACCUUCCAGCAUUGCGGAAGCUAGACAACAUGCUUCUUGAAAUAUUAGAUGGUUUCAGUGACACUGAAUUUUGGUAUGUCGACCAAGGGAUAUUGUCCGCAGACCAUGAUGGUUCCCGUUCAUUCCGAAGAAAUCUUAACCUUCAAGAAGAGAAGUGGUGGUUACCAGUGCCUUGUGUUCCUCCUGGAGGUCUUUAUGAGGGGACAAGGAAGCAAUUGGAACAUAAACGUGAAUGCACAAAUCAAAUCCUGAAGGCUGCAAUAGCCAUCAAUGGGAAUGCUUUGGCUGAAAUGGAAGUUCCCCAGUCAUACCUUGACUCGCUCCCAAAGAAUGGAAGGACCAGUUUAGGUGAUGUUAUAUACCGCUAUAUUAAUUCGGAUAACUUUUCACCUGAAUGCCUCCUUGAUUGCCUGGAUUUUGCAUCUGAACACCAAGCACUAGAGAUUGCCAAUCGUGUGGAGACAUCAAUCUAUGUCUGGCGCCAAAAGCCUCUUGCUAAAUUUACAAACAAUGCAAGCCGCAAUAACCCCAGAACAUCUUGGGGCAUGGUCAAAGAGAUGGUGGUCGAUCCGGAGAAGAGAGAAUUGCUUGCGGAUAGAGCUGAGACCCUCUUGCUGUGCCUGAAGCAGAGGUUCCCUGGACUCACUCAAACAACCUUGGAUAUGAGCAAGAUCCAAUUUAACAAGGACGUUGGCAAAUCAAUUCUAGAAAGUUAUUCUAGAGUUCUGGAGAGCCUUGCAUUCAACGUGUUCUCUCGUAUUGAUGAUUUACUAUAUGCUGAUGACUUGGCCAAGCACUCAGAUCAGUUAUCGGUUGUUGGGCCUGCUGGUGCAAUUGUUCAUAAUAAAGUUGCGGUCCCAUACACUGUGCCUGUCUCUAGCACACCGUAUGCAACUGCUUAUCCUGUGGCUAGCUUCUCUCCUGCACCAUUACUCAGCCCAGCUAGAGCAGAUAGCUCAUCAUUCAUCAUCAGAAAACCUCAGAACCGUGGAUUUGGCGUGAAAAAAGUUCUAACAGAGUAUCUUGGAUUUGAGAACAGAGGGAAAAAUAACAGUGAUUCAGUUGUUUCCAGAAUGUUCAUGAGCAUUAACAAAGAACAUCAAGAUUCAUGAAGACAAGGCCUCUAAUAAGGCAGGUUAGAGCAUUUAUAAUCUGUCUCUUUUAAGCAUGAAUGGAUGGAUGCUCAGAGUAACUAGGAGAUCUGGAGAUGAUAAACAUGAUCAUCCAUGAGAUGGCCAUCAGUUCCCUGUUUGAAAUGUCUUUAUUUCCGUGCAUAGUGUUAGUGGAUAUAUACUACUCUUCGUUCUUAUACAUGUCUAAUGUCUUGCCUUUGCGGUGGUUUCUGCAACACAGAAUGAUACAUUAUCGUAUCUGUUUAGUGUUUUAUUGGAGGUUAAUAGCAACUUUUUUUUUUUUAAUAUAUUUUGAUUGUGAUUGGGUGUUUUGUCACA